UUGCGAGGAGAAGCCGCUUUCAGAUCAAGAUUACCGAAGGAAGGCCGAAAGAUUGCUUCGGUUAGUCCCUACGAUAGGAUAAUGGCUCAAAAUCAUUGGGCUACUGCGUUUAAUAGCCAUAUGGAGGAGCAGGAGCUUCCCUGUGUGGGUGAAUUGCUGCAGUUUACACAAAAAGGAACCCUGAGAUGGAAGGAGGUCUCUGUCUACAUCAACAAGAAAUCUCAGGUAAUAGCAUCGAUUAAAAGCAAGCACGUCGGAGGGACCUUUUCGAAGAAAAACAAAUGUGUUGUUUACGGGCUUUGCGACGAAACAUCGUCAUGGCCAUAUGAAAGAAAGAGAGAUAUCUCGAACGAGAUCUACUUCGGCCUGAAAACUGCACAAGGUCUUAUAGAGUUCAAGUGCAAGAACAAGGUCCAUAAGCAGAGUUGGGUUCAAGGGAUUCAAAGUCUUCUUCAUCGAGUUAAUUGCAUUGAAACAACGAGGAGGUCUUUACAGAUUUUGAGCUUCAGCGAGAGUAUAUAAAGCAGUUAUGCAUUU